GCCUUCUCUCUUGACUACGGAUUCUACAAAUUGAUGCUCUCCAGAUUUACACGGGUCUUCCUCGCCAUUUCUUUUUUGCUUAUUCUUGCUCUCAUCUCUGUUUUCUUCAAUCCUCCUGUACGAACAUACUUCGACCCAUGGACGGGUAUCGAGUUGAGCGAGGGCGGCGUUGAGCACCGCGGGUCGGAUGAUAUGCUCGAUCUGGAGCGGGUGAUGACAGGCGAUGUGAUUAUGGGGAAGUUGGCUAAUGAAACAGCGAAAGCAGAACUUGGUCGCGCUGCCUGGAGAGUCCUGCAUUUGGUUACUCUACGUUAUCCCGAAAAGCCAACACCUGACCAACGCGACACACUGAAGUCCUUUUUCUACGUCUUCGCUCGCUUAUAUCCUUGCGGUCAGUGUGCGCAGGAGUUCCAGCAAUUGCUCAAACAGUACCCCCCUCAAACAUCGUCCCGCAGGAGCGCCUCGUUAUGGCUCUGCCACGUACACAACCAGGUGAACAAACGGCUUCACAAACCCGAGUUCGACUGCUCCAAGCUAGACGAGACCUAUGACUGUGGAUGCGGAACGGACCCGGACAAUCCCGAUGAUGAGAGCACACCGUUAAUUGAAGGGUUGUCGAAGGACAGAGUGACAAACGAAGCUUUGCAGAAAGGAGGUAUUGGGAUUUAAGGGAAUAGCAAUGCCUGAGGAUGUGGGGUUGUACGAUACUAUCCUCGUUGAUACCCACAUUUCCCCACUAUGUUUAGGGAUAUGCACACAACUAGGUCUAUCAUGAACGGUAAUCC